CCUGAAGAUGCGCGAUGAGGAAGGGAAGCUGAAUGGGAUUGAGAUACAACGGCUGAAAGACAAGCUGGGCACAAGGCAACUGCCGACCGCAGAGCUCCUCCUAAAUGGAGCCAAGUCACUCAAGAGUGAUCACCCUGGCAAGGGAUUAUGCCACCAAGAGGGAAGCCUUUGGAAAACCCCUGAAGGCUCACCCUUUGCACAUGCAGACUUUGGCUCGAAUGGAGGUGCAAGCUCGAGGAGCAUUCCUGCUGAUGAUGGAGAUAGGGAAAUUGCUUGGACUGGAAGAAACCAAGAAGGACACUGAACAAGACCAGCACAUGCUUAGGCUGCUGACGCCUGUUGUCAAACUUUACACUGGGAAACAAGCUGUUGCGGUUACCUCAGAAGGGCUGGAGUGUUUUGGAGGGCAGGGCUACAUGGAAGAUACAGGCCUGGCAGGAAUUUUGCGGGAUGCCCAGGUAAAAGUUCUGCAGGUCAAAAAUGUACUCUCUGCAUCUGUUUCUCCAGGAUUAAGAAUGCACCAACUGUUGAUAGAGAAUGUCUUAGAAAGAGCAGCUUCAACAUGUGUCCCUACAGCUUGUAACUGGAUUUACGCGCCAAAUACCAGGGACUUCAAUUUAACGGUGCUAACUAUCUGGGAAGGAACAACCAAUAUCCUCUCUCUGGAUGUUCUGCGCUCCCUAGUCAAGAGCCAAGGAAAAGUGCUGGAUGCAUUUUUCUCUACUGCCCAGGCCAGGUUGAAGGUGGCGCUUAGCGUCUCUGAACUGGAACUUUUUGUGCAAAUAGUUCAAAAUGCUCUCCACAAACUCAAACAGUUCACUCAGAAAAUAAGCUUAAAGGGGGAAGCCGGGAUGCAGCUGUCUGCAAGAGAUUUUGCCUAUGCUCUGGCACGGAUCUAUGGAGGAGUUCUCCUGCUGGAAUAUGCUGCCAGGCCGAAUGCAUCAGCCACAGACAUCUAUACUGCUCAGAGAUGGUGUCACCAAGACAUGUGCCCUGUAGACAGUGAAGACAAAGCUGGGUCUUAUAGCACUGGAGCAGCUUCUCUGGAUACUUCCUUGGUUUAUGACAAACACCCAGUUCUGAAAGGAAGACUGUAAGAAGGAAUGCAGAAGAGAUGCCAUGCACUAUCCUGGAAUAAAGGAGUUAGUGGGGAGAGAGACAGUUCUGAUACAAUAAAAAAGGUAUUGCUUAUUCUGAAGUAAGCUGGCAAAGACUGCAGUAAAUAAAAGUAGAAAUUUGAGAAACAAA